AGCAGUUUUUGGUGGCUAGGUGAUUAAAAAAAUACGAGGAAACAAACAGGGUUCGUCACAUCGCUUGCGCCUCUCUCUCUCGGGGACAACUGCUUCACCCCUGCCGCCGCCCUACGCUUGGUGCCUAGGUCUUCAUCGGAUCGUUCACCGGGCACAAGCAUCACCCAGCAGGGUUUCUUGCCCUAUCUGUUUAAGACUGGGAUCGCUUCUCCCCCGCCGACCAAGCCGUGCCUCCCCUGUUGCCGGCGUCGCCCCUCCCCCACCAGUGAAACUCGCGGUCUCUCUCCACCGCACGCACCUCGUGUAGUUGUCGCCGCGUGCACCCCCUGUAGCCCCGGCGUUGGGUCCUACUGCUCCAUCCGGUUUGCUUCCGGCAACAAGAUCAACAACAAGCGAGCGAGCUGUGAUCUCUGGAGGUGCUCUUCCUACUCUUUGCUGGUAUUUUGAUGGUGGCUUGAUGGCCAGUAAUAUGCAGGCUUCUGGGCUGCCUCAGCCUCCCAGACCUCCCAUGAUGGGUUCUAGCGCUCAGCCACAAAAUCUUGGACCACCAAUGCCUAUGCAGUUUAGGCCAGUGAUUCCUUCGCAGCCUCCUCCUCAGUUCGUGCCACCAGCAGCACAACAGUUCCGUUCUGUUGGUGAGCCUAUGCCGGGGGCUAACGUUGGCAUGCCAGGGCAAAUGCCACAUUUUCCACAACCUGGGCAGCACAUGCCUCACUCAAAUCAAGUUCCACCUGUAUCACAAGGGGUUCCCAUGGUAUAUCAGCCAGCUAGACCAAUGUCAUCAGCACCUAUGCAACCACAGCAACAAGCUGCGUAUGCUGGGGGCCAUUUGCUCACCAUGGGUGCUCCUAUGCAACCCCUGACCUAUACAUAUCAACCAACAUCGAUCCCUCCUGUAGUGCAACCCUGGAGUACAGGCCCAGGACAGAGUGUAACUCAUGUGCCUCCUCUAGUGCAGUCUGGGCACCAGCAGGUGUCAGCUCCAACGACUUUGCCUCCUGUCAACUUGUCUGAACCUAGCUCUUCAGAUUGGCAGGAGCACACUGCAGCCGAGGGAAAAAAGUACUACUAUAAUAAGAAGACAAGGCAAUCAAGUUGGGAGAAACCAGUUGAGUUGAUGACACCUUUGGAGAGGGCUGAUGCCUCAACUGAAUGGAAAGAAUUUACUACACCAGAAGGACGGAAGUACUAUUUCAACAAAGUGACCAAGCAAUCAAAAUGGACUAUUCCUGACGAGUUAAAGGUUGCACGUGAAUUGGCAGAGAAGGCAUCAAAUCAACAACCUGAUCAAGAAUCAGGAAUAGCUACUAGUGCUCUUGUCAGAUCUGCUGCCUUUGAACCUUCUACUGCACCUGCUAAUCAGUCGUCAUCUGCUGUUGGUAUAAUUGCUUCCAGCACACAUGAUGGGUCAUCAAACUCUGUUCUUUCUGGUGCUCCCCUGCCGCACAAUGUGGAGAAUACUUCCAGUUCUAUUGUUGGCAUGCAAAAUGGUGGUUCGAGUACUGCUGUUGUUCCUGUUGCAGCAAGCACAGAAGUUCCAUUAGUUGCAACAGAUGCAGGGUCCAGCAGAAACAACGAUGAAAAUUCAUCUCUGACCACUGGGGCUGACGCAGAGGAUGGUACAUCGGCUGAAGAUUUGGAGGAGGCCAAAAAGACCAUGCCAGUUGCAGGGAAGAUUAAUGUCACUCCAGUGGAGGAGAAAACAAGUGAAGAAGAACCUGUAGUCUAUGCCACUAAGAUGGAAGCAAAAAAUGCGUUCAAGUCCCUGCUUGAGUCGGUAAAUGUGGAGUCUGAUUGGACAUGGGAUCAGACUAUGAGAGUCAUCAUAAAUGACAAAAGAUAUGGUGCUUUGAAAACUCUUGGAGAGAGAAAGCAAGCUUUCAAUGAGUACUUGAACCAGCGCAAAAAGUUUGAAGCCGAAGAAAAACGUAUCAAACAGAGGAAAGCACGUGAUGAUUUCCUUGCAAUGUUGGAAGAACGCAAGGAGCUUACAUCAUCAACAAGAUGGAGCAAAGCAAUACUUAUGUUUGAAGAUGAUGAAAGAUUCAAAGCAGUUGAACGUCCAAGGGAGCGUGAAGAUUUAUUUGAGAACUAUCUUGUGGAACUGCAUAAGAAGGAAAAAGCCAAGGCUGCUGAAGAACACAAAAGAUAUGUAGCAGAAUACAGAGCUUUUCUAGAAUCAUGUGACUUCAUCAAGGCAAGUACUCAGUGGAGAAAAGUUCAGGAACGUCUGGAGGACGAUGAACGUUAUUCCCGACUUGAGAAGUUUGAUCGGUUGGAUAUUUUUCAAGAGUACAUUCGACACCUAGAGAAAGAAGAGGAAGAGCAGAAGCGGGUACAAAAGGAUCAAGUGAGAAGACAAGAGAGGAAAAACCGUGAUGGGUUUCGUAAAAUGCUGGAAGAACAUGUUGCUGAUGGCACACUUAAUGCAAGAACUCGGUGGCGUGAUUACUGUGCACAGAUAAAAGAUUCACAGUCCUACUUGGCUGUAGCGUCAAACACAUCUGGCUCUACACCGAAAGAGUUAUUUGAUGACGUGAUCGAGGAACUUGACAAACAGUAUCAAGAAGACAAGACCCAAAUUAAAGAAGUGGUGAAAUCUGGAAAGAUUCCUAUGACAACAUCAUGGACAUUAGAGGAAUUCCAAACUGCUAUUCUGGAGGAUGAUGCUCUUAAAGGAAUAUCAACCAUCAACAUCAAGCUUAUCUAUGAUGAUCAGCUUGAAAGGCUCAAGGAAAAAGAGCAAAAGGAGGCUAAGAAGCGCCAGCGUUUGGGUGAAAAUUUUUCAGAUCUUUUGUAUUCCAUCAAGGAAAUAUCAGCUUCUUCAACAUGGGAUGAUUCUAAACAGCUUUUCGAGGAUAGCCAAGAGUUCAGGGCCUUGGACAGUGAGACUUAUGCUAGAGAGCUUUUUGAAGAGUGCGUUGUCCACCUGAAAGAAAGGUUAAAAGAGAAAGAACGUUUGAGGGAGGAAGAAAAGGCAAAAAGAGAGAAAGAGCGUGAGGAGAAAGAGAAGAAGAAAGAGAAAGAGAAAGAAAGGAAGGAGAAAGAACGCAAAGAAAAAGAAAGAGACCACCGGGAGGAGAGAGAAAAGGAGAAAGGGAAGGAUCGAUCAAGGAGAGAUGAAAUGGAGUUUGAUGGUGCUGAUUUGAACACCCAUGGUACAAAAGAUAAGAAAAGAGAUAAAGAAAAAGAAAAGAAACAUAAGAGACGUCACCAUGACACAGAUGAUGUAAGCUCUGAGAGGGAUGAUAAAGACGAUGCUAAGAAGUCUCGGAGGCAUAGCAGCAGUGAUCGCAAGAAAUCUAGGAAGCAUGCACAUGGCUCAGAUUCAGAUAGUGAAAACCGGCACAAAAGACAUAAAAAGGACCGAGAUAGUAGUAGAAGAAAUGGAGCACAUGAGCUGGAAGAUGGUGAACUUGGAGAGGAUGGGGAGAUCUAUUAGUCUUUCUGUUUGCUACCGAGAUUGUCAGUAAUUACUUCCCCUUGUCAUGUUCUCCAUUGCUCUUAUUUUUCUUACUUUUGACUUUUUAUUAGUGCUUUGGCGUAACAAUCACUAGUGUUAUAGUUAUUUAGUUCCAUACAUUCUGAAAUAUUUCCUUAAAUAUCUACAUUUCUUCAAUACCAAUUGUCGUUUAUUUCCUUUUUUGCAUAAUCAAUGUGUGGAUUCUAGGGUAGUUGCACAUAUUAUUCUCUGGAAAGCGAAAGGGCCUCUAGCCUAGUGGUUAAGGCUUCGGAGUAGCACCACCAAGUCCCGGGCUUGAUUCCCCUCGGGGGCGGAAUUUCGGGCUUGGUUAAAAAAUCCCCUCGAUGUGCCUCAUUCGCUCUCGGGUUACGAUGUCCUGUGCGCCAUUGUUUCGGUUGACGCCGGUCCGUUAGUAAUUUGAGGCCAGGGUUCGGGGAUUUUCUCGGCUGGGACUAUUGUUUCGGUCUCUUCUUAAUGUUAUACCGGGAGGGUGGUCAUUCCCUCCUCGGUCGAGUUAUUAUUCUCUGGAAAAGGUGCAACACUUCAACCAUGUGGUUUGCUUCAUGUGGAUGUCCUGGUUUGGGUAGGUGUGACUUGUGAGUAGUAAAACUUUUAUCUGGGUGUUGGAAUUGUAGCCAUGUACAUUAUGAAAAUAUUUUCUUGCCUUCCUAGACACUUUAUCUUUGCCUUCUCUUUUUUUUCCUUUGUACUUCACUGUGUAGGUUUGUUAUUUUGGCACAUCAGUACAUGGGAGGUGAAAAGUUAGUGUGCCUUAAUUAUCCUUUAGAACUUUGGCUGGACAUGCAACUUUAGAUAGCCAUAACCGCAAGCUGUCUUGUCCUAUUCUCAGAAAAAUAAAUAAACAAAACCGUUGAUUUAUUUAUAUUUUUCCAACUAUAUAUGCUAUUUAUGUCCUGAUGAAGUUUAUUACUGACAUUUGACUGAACCAUCAGCUACUUGUAGCAUUCAUCUCCAGUCUUGUUACACAUGGAUUUAUUGCCAUCUCUUGCCUGUUGAGUUGCGCACUUGGGCUGAAGCCUACCAGCUGGAUUUUUGCUCUGCCGCACCUGUGAUGCUACUGCUGGGGGGCAAUGGAUAUAGCAAUAACACCAGCUACUGCUGGGGGGCAAUGGAUGUAGCAAUAACACCAGCCCAUGCUUGACACCUUUCUUUGGUCCUUCUGGCAGCUGACCAGGCUAAAUUUUCAUUUCCUUCAAAGUCCAUGGUGCUGUCUGUGCUGAGGUAACAGAUUGCUCAGUUUGCAACGAGUUUCUUUGUGAGUGAUGUGCUUUUGGGAGAGCAUGGAGUGUUUGAUUUGUCGCUAAUGUCAUGUUAAGGCUUGUUCAUUGUACUAGGAUUUAGUUAUCUAUGGAAAUUUGUCAAGGAUUGCUGGGCUUGAAGAUUCAGCGUGUUUGUAUUAUGGUUUUCAUUUACUAGCUUAUCCAGGUCUGCUCUUAAACCCGUAGGGCUUUGUACCCAGAAAAGUACUGGCUGCUUUCAGACGCAGGCAUCCUGUUGGGGAGAGUUGGCAGCGUAUCAUCAUUUUAUUAGCAUUCUAGCGUCCUGACUCGCGAAUUGUUCUCACCCAACACUUUGUCCUUGAAGUUGUACUUGACGGAUUGUUA